AUGACCAGCACGUUUACGAAUCUCGCCAAUCGCCACCUUAAACCCAUCAACGUUCCGUUUCAAUAUGGGACAGCAGGUUUCAGGAUGAAAGCAGACAGAUUGGACCCAGUCAUGUUCACAGUGGGCAUUGUCGCCGCCCUCAGGAGCAAGAAGCUCGAUAGCCGGGUGAUUGGCGUCAUGGUCACUGCAUCUCACAAUCCAGAAGAGGAUAACGGGGUCAAGCUCGUCGAUCCCAGAGGAGAGAUGCUUGAGCAAGCAUGGGAAGGAUAUGCAACAUCACUUGCCAAUUGCCAGUCCGCAGAAGAUCUCGAACAAAAGAUCCAACACAUGGUCGAAGCCUUGCACAUUGAUAUUUCGAAACCGGCCAACGUCAUCUACGCCAGAGAUACCCGCCCAUCUGGCCCAGAACUUGUCGCCUCGCUCGUAGACGGCCUCCAGGCAGCUCCAGGCGCCCCGACGUCGUACACGGACGAAGGCGUCCUCACGACCCCCAUCUUGCACUAUCUUGUGCGAUGCAAGAAUACGCAGGGUACACCAGAAGCAUACGGUGAACCCACUCCCAAGGGAUACUUUGAAAAGCUCUCUGCAGCAUUCAAGGCGCUGGUGAAACCCCUGAAUGAACACCACGGAUCCGUAUCAGGCGAAUUGCUAAUCGAUUGUGCAAACGGCGUCGGGUAUCCUGCUACAGAAGAACUAGCCAAGCACCUCGAAGGCUACAUCAAACUCAUCCCCGUCAACACGAGCAUCAAUAAGCUGGGUGUACUCAACAAGGGAUGUGGUGCAGACUUUGUCAAGACGCAACAAAAGUUGCCACCGUCCAUGGCGCCACUCCUCAAGCCCAACCAACGUGCUUGUUCGCUGGACGGAGAUGCGGAUCGACUCAUGUAUUACUAUCUUGACAAAACGGGUGCCUUUAGGAUGCUCGACGGCGACAAGAUUGCUGGUCUUGUUGCUGGCUUCCUGGUCGAACUGGUGAACGCGGCUGGUAUCCCUGCGGAGCGUAUGCCCGUCGGCGUCGUCCAGACUGCCUAUGCAAACGGUGCAUCGACAGACUAUCUCACCCAGCGCAUGCCAGUCCAAUGUGUACCUACUGGUGUCAAACAUUUGCACCACGCAGCAGAACGAUACUCUAUCGGUGUCUACUUUGAAGCAAACGGGCACGGAACUGUUCUCUUCUCCUCAAACGCACUGCACCUAAUCAAGGCACACGAACCACAUACACCAGCCCAACAAACGGCCCUGAACAACCUCCUCGCCCUCACAGAACUCAUCAACCAGACCGUCGGUGACGCCCUCUCGGACAUGCUCCUUGUCGAAACCGUCCUCGCGCACAAGGGCUACGGCGGCGCCGAAUGGGACGCGCUCUACACUGAUUUACCCAAUAGGCUGGUCAAAGUGAGCGUCAAGGACCGUAACGCGUUCAAAACGACGGAUGCGGAGCGAAAGUUGGUCGAGCCAGAGGGUCUACAGAAGAAACUUGACGAGUUGAUGAAGAGGUAUAGUCAGGGACGCGCGUUUGUGCGUCCGAGUGGGACAGAGGAUGUCGUGAGGGUGUAUGCAGAGGCGGCGCACAAGGCAGAAGCUGAUGAACUCGCGUUCAAGGUGGCCGGUCUGGUGUACGACACAGCUGGAGGUGACCCAGCUACUCGUCCAAAGGAGUUUAUGUAA